AUGCCUUUACUGCUCUCUGCUGCCCAAUCCUUCAACAUUGAGGUGGAAAAAUCAAAUCAGAACGCCACUCAGGCCGUAGUCCCUACGUCCGCCCUGACCGGUCCGGGAGUUUCAACAUUGACAGAUCAGAAUACCGUCUCUACUCGCCCACUCUCUUCUUUUGUGGUCCUAGUUAGCUCAGCGCCUGCGCUUGCUGAUGAGCAGCCCAACCAGUCCUCAUCUUGGGACAGUUCAGACUCGACACCCUGGAGUGCCGAUGAGACCGAGACCGCUGAUUUUGUUCUCACGCUAUCCCCGAUCCCUCGAACCUCAAGCUCAGAGCCUUCGGUGACAGUCAACGGAACGCCGUGGGCAAAUGCUACAAGCUCCACCUCGGCCACCUAUGGAUCGGGCUCGCUCUCCUCAACGGGUUCUGGUGUCAGUCCAGCUCUUUCCUGGGGCGCUCCUCCGCUCACUACCGACUCGUUUCCAUCCAGUACGAUUACUAUAACGUCCACAACACGGCGUCAAACGACAUUGUACGUCACGAAUGCCGCCGCGGCGCCACAUUUGUCUGCUGCACUAGCGAAUUCCAUGUCGAGCGACUGGACAAGCAGUGGCCCCAGUCCAAGCAAGUCCUGGGCAGCAUGGACGAAUUCCACAGCCUCGAGAAUCCCCUCGAACUCAGAAUCUGUGCGUGUGGUGACAGAAACGGUGUCUCCCCUACCUCUUUCGCUGACAGGCUCGUCCACGGGGACAGACAGCCAGACAACAAUGGCCAUAUCGACCGAGAGAGGGCUGAAUAGCUUUUCCUCCAGUUCCAUCGAGGUGACGCCGCGAGGUUCAACAACUCCCAGUCAGGACACGAGCGCGAUAUCCGUGUUGAGUAUCUAUACUCCGUCAACCACCUCUUUCCCCGCUGUUAACUUCACAACGAGUGCAAUCGUUGAACCAACCCUCUCGCUUACGUUGCCUAGCGGAGUGUUCUUGUCGACAGAGACCAACGGUGUGGUCUACUCCUACACCGGCUACGUUUCGGCGAAUAUCACCCACUAUGUAAGCGCUUUGGGACCCGUAACCACGACGUGCGUGCCAACAGCAACAGUGACAUAUUACGAUGCGCAGGGGAAUGCUACUAGCAGCAUGCUCCAGUGCGGACCUGGAAUUGGCCCAGCUGUCACGCCGGUAUUCGGGUCUACAAGUCUAGAUGAUACUGCGGUGCCACAAGCACCGUCGAACUCGACUACUUCGCUCCCAACAGCCCCCGCUGUAUCGCUAUCUGCUGCCGACGCUCCUGCUCCCACGCCGAUCCGCCCGCGUCCCAGCAAGCCCGCAGAGUGCAGCCUCAUCUUCGGAACUUCGACCCCGCAAGACUGCACGUUGACCCCGGCCAUCACGGUCCACGCGAGCGUGAGUUCCAGACCGACGCCCCGGGUGUGGCACGGUAGUGGGAUCGAAAGCGCCGCUGACGCUAUGUCCAAGCGGGAUCAAAUACAGACUCGGGUGAUCAAGACCUCCGUGAGCAAUGGGCCUGAUGGACCGCGACCGAGCACGCUGAUCACGGUGCCGAGUUCGCGUUCGCCACCGUCCAGGUGGGUAAAUUGGUGGGUAAAUUGA